GAAGGCUAGUUAAAUUAUUUGGGGCUGGGGAAGCAAAUGACGUUGUAAAGGUCUAACGUUAUAUAAAUACAUGUACAUGAAGGUGGUUAGAUGGUUACGUCUAGGUAUUAGGUCAGAGAUGGUUGCAUUCAGAGUCGGUUAAGUGUAGGGAUUAGGUUAAAGAUUUUACAUUUUAAGUAUUAGGUAAGGGAUGGUUAUGUUAAGGAAUGAAGUUAGAGAGUGUUAGUUUUUGGUUAGCCUCGGUAAUAUAAGGUUAAGUUGAGCUACUGGGUUAAUAAUUUGUUGUUUUUCAUCAAUUUCUCAUAAAAGAUUAAAUCGUAGUCCAAGCAAAAAUAAACUUUCAUCCCUAGGAAAUGUCACGAAGAACUCUGUGACUGCGGGCCUGGGACUGCGGGUCUGGGACUGCGGGCCUUGGAUUGCGUGCCUAACCCUAGGACAACCUCUUCCACUGCAGGAACAUACCCCUCUCCGAGUCUCGCUGCUGUCGGCGACUGAGAUAAACAAAGAGCCGGUGACUGUCCAGGAAGAUAAAAAGGUUCAACAGUUUCCGACAACAUGGAUACUGGUUUGAGUCAAGAUAAGGUCGCCGCCUUUGUCAAGAGACUGCGUGCCGAGCCACGCUAUCUGCUAGCACAGAAUGUUUCUACCUGCAUCGACCCGCUAGAGGUGUGUCUGCACCGGCAGACAGUCCAGGACACUGUGCACAUCUUUCAGCACACCAUCCCCACAGAGGGGAAGCCUGUCACUAACCAGAAGAACUCUGGGAGAUGUUGGAUCUUCUCGUGCCUUAACGUCAUGAGACUUCCCUUCAUGAAGAAGUUCAACAUCGAGGAGUUUGAGUUCAGUCAGUCCUACCUCUUUUUCUGGGACAAGGUGGAGCGCUGCUACUACUUCCUUCAGGCCUGUGUUGAAACCGCCCAAAGGAAAGAGCCCGUGGACGGCCGUCUGGUCCAGUUCCUGCUCUCCAAUCCAACCAAUGACGGAGGACAGUGGGACAUGCUGGUUAACCUCAUUGAGAAAUAUGGCGUCGUUCCAAAGAAGUGCUUUCCAGAGUCUCACACAUCUGAGGCCUCGCGUAGAAUGAACGACAUCCUCAACAACAAGCUGAGGGAAUACUGUCUAAGACUGAGGAACAUGGUGGCCAGCAACUCCACUGAGGCUGAGAUAUCUGCAGCUAUGGACACCAUGAUAGAAGAGGUGUUCCGGGUGGUCAGUGUGUGUCUGGGAAGCCCUCCUGAGACCAUCAGCUGGGAGUACAGGGACAAGGACAAAGCCUUCAACCGCAUGGGCCCCCUGACCCCGCAGCAGUUCUACAAGGAUCACGUCAAGCCCCUGUACAACAUGCAGGACAAGAUCUGCCUUGUGAACGACCCCCGGCCCCAGAACCCCUAUGGGAAGCUGUACAGCGUGGAGUUCCUGGGCAACAUGGUGGGAGGCCGCAGCACCCAGUACAACAACCAGCCCAUCGAGCUGCUGAAGAAGGCCGCCGCUGACUCCAUCAAGGAUGCCGAGGCUGUGUGGUUCGGCUGCGAUGUAGGAAAACAUUUCCAUGGCAAGCUUGGCAUCAACGACAUGAAUGUUUUUAACCACGAGCUGGUGUUUGGGGUCUCGGUAAAAAACCUUUCCAAGACGGAGAGGCUGAUGUACGGCGAUUCCCUCAUGACCCACGCCAUGAUCCUGACCGCCGUCACAGAGAAGGAGGAAGGAGGAAAGGAGGGCUUUGAGAAGUGGAGAGUGGAGAACUCUUGGGGAGAUGACCGUGGGAACAAAGGUUACCUGAUCAUGACCGACGAGUGGUUCUCUGAGUACGUGUACGAGGUGGUGGUGGACAAGAAGUUCGUCACCGCCGAGGUCGCCAACGUGAUGGAUCAGACGGCCGUCAUUCUUCCCGCCUGGGACCCCAUGGGAGCCUUAGCAUAACCAUGGAAACUCAGGACUCAGUCUCGCCCCCCCUCCCGGUCUGAUUGACUGGUUUUAAUACCUUAAUGUUAGACCCGACCCUCACCCCCACCACCCCCCUCACCCGACUCAACUGCCUGCCUUCCACCAAAUGACCGGUUCUUUUAGAUCAAAUAAAGUUCUGCUCUUUUUU